GUAGAUGACCUCGCUAGGAUGCUCUUGCUGUACGUGGAUGUUGUCAUGCAUACAUGUCCAGCAUGAGCACCAAGUGACCACGUCUAGCGAUAUAUUAGACGUUAAACAAGGACAACAACAACAACAGCUGUAGCAUGUAACGGUACUGCAUACUUGACCAGGUGAGACCAGAUCUAGUGGAUGAUCAUCAAAAAUGGCAGCCAUUGAAGAGGAGGACCUGGAUUACCAGUACUCGCCCAGUCGCUGGUCCCACCGGUUAGAAGCAGAGGCAGCGGUACAGGACCAUGUCCAAGUUACGCAAAAUGCUACAGACAAAUCCAGGGCUGAGCUGCAGUGUGAGCUAGACGUCCCCUAUGGAGACAAGGAAGGGGACAAACUGGACAUCUACAAACCAGACAACUGCAGGAGUGAUGCCCCAAUAUUUGUAUACAUCCAUGGAGGAUACUGGCAGUUUUUAAGUAAGGAUCAGUCAGGGUUCAUGGCUCUCCCCCUGACAGCAGCAGGUGUGAUGGUGGUGGCUGUGGACUAUGACAUUGCACCAAAAGGAACCAUAGAUGUGAUGGUUGACCAGGUUAGAAGGGCUGUCUCCUUCCUGAGUGAAAAAUUCCCCUCGUCAAGGGGUCUGUACAUAUGCGGACACUCUGCUGGCGGUCAUCUGUGUGCCAUGGUCCUGUCUAGUGACUGGUCAAAAGUCAGAGAUGGACAUGUGCCAGUUAUAAAAGGUGCCUUUCUUGUGUCUGGAGUGUAUGACGUAACACCUCUUGUGAAGACAUAUGUAAAUGAACCUCUGAAGAUGACAGAGGAGGAUGCCCAGAGGAACUCUCCCUGCCAAUUUAGCAAUGCUGUAGUGAAAAACCAUCCAAAGUGCAAGGUCCUGGUAGUAUUUGGAGAGCAUGACCCUCCUACGUUUCACAGGCAGUCAAAGGAGUACACAGAGCAGUUGAAGGGACUGGGUAUGGAUGUGUCCUGUCUGGAGAUCCCAGACACAGAUCACUUCAACGUUAUACAUGAUCUCUCACAGGAACAGUACCAACUCACAAAGAUGAUAAUCAAGGAAAUGACAACUUCUUAACCAUGUGUGGAAAGCAGAUAAUGCUGCUGUAGAUGAUAGAGUGUAAGAAAUUUUAUUAUGAUUAAUGGACAUAGAAUAAUAUAAAUGACUAAAACAGUUUAAGAAAAGUUUGAGGAUUUUGUGAUAAAGCAGUGACUAUAGCUUAAGUUAAUAUGCCUCUGAAUCUGUAACUCUGUGCUUUUAUGUGUGC